AUAUUAUUGUGUUCAUGAUCUUGUAAGAGAGUUGUGCAUAAAGACAGCAGAAAAGGAAGAUUUUUAUUGUGUGCAAAGAGACUUAGAUGGGAGGCGUCAUUACAUAUUUGAUGAAAGACCAGCAAGUUUUUACCUUGAAGAAGCUCCGACUUCAGAAAAGCCAUCAGUUUUCAGUCCUCUAAUAUCGAGUUUGCAGGGAGAAGCACCAUUUAAGUCUAGAUUGUUGAGAGUGUAUUUUGGUAAUCGUGAGAGUAUUCUGGACAUUUCUCUUAAACAAAUCAACGUGCGCUACGCAUGCUACAAAUACCAUGAUAAAUCUCAUGGAAUUAGGCAAAUUCCUCAGUCAAUAUCACUGUGUUGGAGUCUGCAAACUUUGAUUGUGUCCAACUGGUGGUACACUAGUUCUUUACCAUCCGAGAUUUGGAAGAUGCCACAACUUAGGCAUAUAGAUAUUCAUGACCAUAUUCAAAUUGAUCCUCCUGCAGCAGGUGACGUCUCUGUUUUACAAAACUUACAGACACUUAAAACAAUAAAUAAUCUCAUUUUCAGUGAGGAGUUGUGUGCCAAAAUACCCAACAUUAGAGAAUUGAAUAUUCUGUACAAGUUUGAAGCGGUAUCAGCUGUUCUGUACAAGUUGGCACAAGGAUUUGAACUAAAUCAAUGUUUCCAUCUGAAUAAUGUUGGCAGCUUAAGUAAGCUUGAAUCGCUAAGAAUCGAUUCGUCAAGCAAGUCUGAGUUGUGGAGGAAGCUAUAUAUAGAUGAAUUUAAGCUACCGAAUUCCCUCAGAGAGCUCACUUUACACAAUUUCUCUAUUGGGGAGAAGGGUAUGGCAAUGAUAGCUUCGUUACCUCAUCUUCAACUUCUUGAAUUAUGGGAUGCAGUACGAGGAGCAGAAUGGAAUUUUUUUAAACAGGAAUUUCAUAACUUGAAACAUCUUACCAUUUCUAAUGGUAAUGGUUUGAUUAAUUGGAUUGCUGACAAAUCCAAUUUCCCAGUGUUGGAGACGCUUUACCUUUCAUCACUACGGAACUUGGAAGAGAUUCCUUUAGAUAUUGGAGAGAUAUCCACACUUCAAAAAAUAACUGUUCAUGAUUGUUCAGAAUCAGUGAACAUGUCGGCAAUAAGGAUACUAGAGGAACAAGAGGAUCUCGGAAAUCAAUCCCUUCAACUUAUAAUUUAUAUCGGCUUGGCAGCAAUGUUGGAAGAGAGCAAGCAACGAUACACAUCCCGAAAUCUUCAGAUCUACAGUUUUAUGGACUUUUAGUGUUAGUUUGGUCUUAUCGGUCGAGGCUCUGAGACUAAUGACUAAGUUGGGAGUCGAAACGCACAACCAAUGCAUCAAUAGUCAAAGAGUAAUUCACGCCAGCAUGCCCGAAGGCAAGGAUCGUGCGCUCGGUUCCAUCGCGGGGAAAUCGAUGAUAUUUAGGCAAAUGAGUUCAUUGAUUCAACUGGUAUUGAUUUUUUGGCUGUUUGCAUUGGAAACGUUCAUGGAACAUACCCUGCUGGCGGCCCAAAUCUUAGACUCGAUUUGCUCAAGCAACAUAACGGAGUAUUCUUCGAGCUGCGCCAAGAUGCUGCUUCGUUGGAUUAUGCAUAUAUCUCGACACUACACUUAUAGAAGAAGCAAUGUCAGGCCUUGUAUGAGUAAGGUAGUUAAGUCCUCCAAGGAGACUCCUACAUAUUGUACCAUCAGCAUGUUCGGUUCCAUCAACACGCUGCAACUUCUCGUUAACCUUCAUAAGUGUUUCUGCAAUUUCACAGUUGCUCAUGUGAAAUUUCUUCAAAAGUUACAAUCUCUUCAGAAAACGGUAGAUUUUCUCGUCAAUUUUGUGGAGAAUUAUUCUGAAGAAGGAGAAGAUCUGAUGAGGCCGAUUGGACAUGCAGCUCGUGAAGCUAAAGACAUGAUUGAAGUCGAAGCUGCUCAUCAAAUUACUACCUUAUCUGCUAGCAAAAGUCUAACAAUGUUGCUUCGCCUCGAGAAGAUGAUACGAGAAAUGAGCUCCAUCACGGAUAAGGUUAUCAAGUUUAAAGAGGAAACCCCAUCCGUCCGUUCAACGCCUCAACCAUCAUCAUUGUCUUCAUCAUCGUCGUCACCAGUUCCUCGUGCAGCUAAUAAGACUUCCAUGCUGGGAUUUGAUGGCUACAUGGCGCAGCUUCUGGAUGAGCUCAUUGGACAUGACUCUCGAAGAAUACUCCCAAUUGUCGGAAUGGGAGGCGCUGGUAAGACCACUCUUGCCAAAAAUGUCUAUGAAGAUUCUCAUGUUGUGUAUCAUUUUGAUGUUCGUGCUUGGAUUACUGUGUCUCAAGAAUAUAAUGCAACUCAUAUGCUUUCACAAGCUCUUUCUUGCCUACAAGUACGAGAUAUCGAGAAUAAAACUGAUGAUCAACUAGGUGAAAAGUUGCAUCAAACUUUAUUUGGUCGGAGAUAUAUGAUCGUAUUAGAUGAUGUGUGGAGUGUUGCGUCUUGGGAAAAGAUUAUGCCUUACUUCCCGGAAAAUGGUAAUGGAAGCCGAAUUGUUGUGACAACCAGACAACAAGAGGUGGUUAAUUACAUUGGCUCCUCUUCACUUGCUGUGGGUUUUCUUGAUUAUCAGAAUAGUUGGGACCUUUUUUGUGAAGUGACAUUUGCACAACAAAAUUGCCCUCCUCAGUUGCAAGAAAUAGCGAAGAUCAUCGUCACAAAAUGCGGAGGACUUCCACUUGCAAUCCGUGUGAUUGGUGGGCUACUUAGAAAAGUUCCGAGGACCAAAAAGUAUUGGGAGGAAAUCACAAACGACAAGAGCUUGGUUAUGGAAUAUUCAGGUGAGGGAAACAAACCAUCCAACAUAUUGUAUUUGAGUUACAAGCAUUUGCCUGUUUGGUUGAAAUCAUGUUUUCUCUACUUGGGAUUAUUUCCAGAAGAUCAUCAGAUAAACGCGUCUCGUCUUAUCAAGUUAUGGGUUGCCGAGGGAUUCAUAAAAGCAUCUAAAAACCAAAAUUUGGAACAAGUUGCAGAGAGUUACAUAAAGGAGCUUGUUGAUACGAAUCUUCUUUUAGUUGGUAGAUUGACAGUACACAAGAAAGUAGAAAAUUAUUGUGUUCAUGAUCUUGUAAGAGAGUUGUGCAUAAAGACAGCAGAGAAAGAAGACUUUUAUUGUGUGCAAAGAGACAUAGAUGGGAGGCGUCAUCACAUAUUUGAUGAAAGAUCGACAAGUUUUUACCAAGAAUCUGUGACUUCAGAAAAGCCAUCAGUUGACGAACCUCUAAUAUUGAGUUUGCAGAGAGAAGCACCAUUUAAGUCUAGAUUGUUGAGAGUGUUUUGUGGUAAUGGUGAGAGUAUGCUAGACAUUUCUCUUAAACAAAUCAACUUGCGCUACGCAUACUACAAAUACCAUGAUGAAUCUCAUGGAAUUAGGAAAAUUCCUCGGUCAAUAUCACUAUGUUGGUGUCUGCAAACUUUGAUUGUGUUUAAUUUGUACCCAGUUGUUUUACCAUCCGAGAUUUGGAGGAUGCUACAACUCAGGCAUAUAGAUAUUUGCGAUCAUAUUCAAAUUGAUCCUCCUGCUGCAGGUGACGUCUCUGUUUUACAAAACCUACAGACGCUUAAAACAGUAAAGAAUCUCAUUUUUAGCGAGGAGUUGUGUGCCAAAAUACCCAACAUUAGAGAAUUAAAUAUUCAUUGCGACUUGAAAGAGGAAUCGGAUAUUCUGUACGAGUUGGAAGAGAAAUUUGAGCUGGAUCGGUGUAUGCGUCUGAAUACUACUGUUGGCAGCUUAAGUAAGCUUGAAUUGCUAAGUAUCGGUUCCCCAAGCAAGUUUGAAUUUCCAAGCACAGAUGAUGGUUUUAAACUACCGAAUUCCCUCAUAGGGCUCACUGUAGGCAAUUGCACUAUUGGGCGGAGAGCUAUGGAAAUGAUUGCUUUGUUACCUAAUCUUCAACUUCUUGAAUUGUCGGAUGCAGUAUCAGGAUCAGAAUGGAAUUUUUUUUUACAGAAAUUUCAUAGCUUGAAACAUCUGACUGUUUCUUUUUCGACUUGUUUGAUUAAUUGGAUUGUGGACAAAUCCAAUUUUCCUGUGUUGGAGACACUUUAUCUUUCUUCCUUACUGCACUUGGAAGAGAUUCCUUUAGAUAUUGGAGAGAUAUCCACACUUCAACAAAUAACUGUUUGUGAAUGUUCAGAAUCAGCGAACAUGUCAGCAAUAAAGAUACUGGAGGAACAGGAAAAUCUCGGAAAUCAAGCCCUUCAAGUUAUAAUUAAUUUCGGCUCAGCAGCAAAGUUGACAAAAAUAGAUAAGAUCAAGGAACCUUACACAUCCAAAAAUCUUCAGAUCUACAGGAAUGUGCUGAGGUUAGAAAGGCAUACAUGGGUUCAUAAACGAAGACUGAGAAAGAUGUUGUCAACGUAAUGACUUCUGCAAAGGAAGCAAUGAAAGUUGUGGUUGCUGAGAAGAUGCAUCUCUUUGGUUCUGCUGGAAAAGCAUGGUAACCAGCUCUCUCUUUUCUUUGUUCAACAUUUUUCCUAUUUGACGAUAACCACAAUAAGAAAUUUGGAAUUCAUAUGAGCAUGUUUACAUUAAGAUAUGGAAGAAGUUUUGAAUGUAAAGAGAAUGACUACGGAUGUUGCGAAUGGUUUUCAGUUGGUCUGUGGCAUAUGUAUCAAAAACAACGUCAAGUAGCAUAGUUGUUGUAACACUAACAAAUGACCGUGUAUGCACACAC